CACCAGGCAUCAGGUCAUUUGGCUCGACAGCGGCACCGCGUCAUCUGGCAAGGCAGUGGGCUCCGAGUCAACAGGCACGACAGUGGGCACCGGGUCAUCAGGUACCGGAUUGUCUGGCUCGACAGCGGGCAUCGGGUCACCAGGUAUGACAGCGGGCACUGGGUCACCAGGCAUCAGGUCAUUUGGCUCGCCAGCGGGCACCGCGUCAUUUGGCAAGGCAGUGGGCACCGAGUCACCAGGUACGACAGCGGGCUCCGAGUCAAUUGGCACAACAGUGGGCACCGGAUCAGGUACCGGAUCAUCUGGAUCAACAGCGGGCAUCGAGUCAACUGGCCUAAUAGGAUCGUCAGGCUGGAUCAGUUCAUCAUGCUGGGUAGAGGCAUCAGGCUGAAUGCUGGGCGUCCGGCUGAGUAGAGGCUUCAGGCUGAGUAGAGGCUUCAGGCCGAGUAGAGGCUUCAGGCCGAGUAGAGGCUUCAGGCCGAGUAGAGGCUUCAGGCGGAGUAGAGGCUUCAGGCCGAGUAGAGGCUUCAGGCCGAAUAGAGGCAU